GAGUGGGGCUGAUGCUCACGUGCUUCGCGGGGAGCCGGGAGCCUCAGACUGAGGUCAGGAUGAGCGCCGAGGGAUGCAGUCAAUCCAAUCUGCGUGGAGGAUCUUCGCCCACCCACUCCGCCGCGCUGGUGCAGUCGCUCUCCUCUUGGCUUCCUCUCCCUCCGUCAGCCUGAAUGGUGCGGGACGGGGCUGAUUCUUGCCCCCCGCCAGGAGACUUUCUCUCCGCCUCCCUUGCAGGAACAUCUCCGCAGAAGACGGGCGACCUGAACACGGCCGCUUUUGUCGCCACACGAGAGCCAUGAAAUUCCACCUUUUACUCUUUUUGGCGGUGCUGAAUGUUGGCAUCUCAACCUAUCGGCCCAUGGAAGUGUCACCCUGCGAAAUGAGAAACAUGGAGGCAUUUUGUCACAGCAAAGACCUUCAGCAGAUACCUCAAGAACUUCAUCCCCAUGUAGACAAAAUUGACCUUUCUGACAACAAGCUUGAAAACAUCACCGAGACCCCCCUGGUCUUUUAUACUUCCCUCCGACGCUUGGACUUAAGCGGUAAUCGUAUCAGCUUCAUCAAGCCCGAGAUCUUUGCAGGUAUGAAGCAUCUGCAGGAGCUUGAUUUAGCCAAGAACAAACUCUAUCGGUGGGCCCAGGAGGAGCUCUGGAUUGGGCUUCUGCCACAGGUAAGAACACUAGACUUGUCUCGCAACCAGCUGUACAACAGCAUGGCCGAGCGUUUCCUCCACGAAGCCCCAGCCCUUCAGUACCUGUCCUUGGCAGAGAACAGCAUAAUCAGGAUCUCACAAAGGACAUUCCGGGGCUCUCCAGGGCUGGUUGAGGUGAACCUGCAUAAUAAUAUGAUCAUGGAGAUAGAAGAAGGAGCCUUCGAACCUCUGCUCCAUCUCUCCAAACUCAAUCUCUCCAUGAACUCACUCACCUGUAUCGCCGGUUUCAACCUGAGGCAGCUGCAGAUCCUUGACCUCAGCCGGAACAGCAUCGAGACCUUCCACUCGACGGACUCCAAAGAGGAGUUCAAUCUGAUUUGGUUGGACCUGAGUGAGAACAAGAUGCUCCAGUUCCCAGUCCUCCCACAAGUAAACAAAUUAGCCUACUUGAAUUUAACCAAGAAUAUCCUGCAGUCUGUGAUGGUGCAGCUCAUUAGUGACGAUCUGGAGCACGGGUGGCAGGACGGCCCUCUUCAUCUUUUGGUUCAAGACCAAAAGAGAAACGCAAGCUCCCCUUCCUUGCCAGGGCUGCUGCAUUUGGACCUGAGUUAUAAUGAGAUAAAAUCCAUCCCACGUGAGUUCUUUGCUUCCAUGUCCGCUCUUCAGUUUCUUAACCUUAGCAAAAAUUGUCUCCAGACUUUUGCGGCAAGUUCUGAGCUGGUGUCACUGGCCAUCCUGGACAUCAGCUUUAACUCUUUGAAGGAUCUGGAAUGGGAUGAAGGCAUGCUGGCCAACUUGCAGGAGCUCAACCUUCAGGACAACAGCCUCCAGGGCCUGCGGUCGGACAUCUUUGCAAGCCUCCCACUUCUCUGGCUUCUCAACCUCCGAAGCAACAACGUCAGCCUUUGCAGCUGGUACUCGGGUCUCGCCAGAAGAAGACUUGCGGCUGAGGACAACGGCUGCGUCUCUUUCGCUAACCUGCCACGACUGCGGUAUUUGGAUCUGUCCGACAACAAGUUGAAGAACCUCCCUGUGAAGGGUUUCUACGGAACUCAGCUCCUGGCCUUGGACCUCUCAGUGAACUGGGGGCUUCACAUAGAGGAGAAAUCCUUGUCGGGCUUGGAAACCUCUCUCGAACACUUGGAUGUGCACGGUAACGGCAUGACGGCUCUCAGCGUCAACUUCCCUCUUUUCUCUCGCCUCAGGUAUCUCAAUCUGUCGGACAAUAAGCUCAGCUGGCUGCCUCCUUGGUCUGAGAACUGUUGUGUGUUGGAAGUUCUGGACCUGCGGAAUAACAGCUUCAGCAGCCUGAAAAGCAGCAAGAUUCCCACCUUGGAGAAAAGGCUACGGAACUUGUAUCUAGCGGGGAACCCUCUCAGCUGUUGUGGGAACCUUUGGCUGUCUCACAUGAUCCAUAAAGCCGCUGUGGAGAUUCCCAACUUAGACCGCGUCAAAUGCCAGCACACCAGGAACUUUGGCUACGAAGAAGAGCAGGUGAGCGUCAGCAACAUGAAGCCGGAAGACUGUGAAAAGGAGGACCACAAGGAAAUGAGCGUGCUGAUUUUGCUGGUCGUCGUCCUCGCGCUGUCGUUGCUCGUCAUCGGCGUGGGCGUAUUUUGUUGCUAUCGCAGGAAUGUAUUUGGCCGUCACUAUAAAGCAUAGACGGCCAGCAUGUCCGCGAGGGCACUUGCGUCUUCCAGCCAGCUUCCACAUGGCCAGACGGGCCAGCGGAUUCCACCGAAGUGCUACUGGGGCCAUGCGAAACGCCGGCUUGCGGUCUGAGAUUCACACUGGCUUGUUCACACGCGCCAGUCGUCACUCGAUGAGCAAGUUCGUGAGAAACAGAGCCAAGGGUGAUCGCUGGGGCUCCUCAGCUGAUGAAGAGAAACCCAACCGGGUCUGCCCUGGUGUUCCUAAACUUUUGGCAGCCGGGGUGCAGACUUGUUUUGCACAGCUUCAUUCUUACUCCAAAACUACUCACUUUUACUCCCACAACCAGCGCUCACAACAGUUGGCAGGCGUUUCCCUUGCAGGUCUAGGAUGCCCUACGUCUUGUUUCCUCCCGGCUUCCUGUCCUCCGGGAUAACUUGGCUAACGUUGCCUCUUGGCUUCUUGUCUUCCAGGAUACCCUGGUUAUUGCCGCCUGGCUUCCUGCCCUCCCCUUUGCCCAGUCAGGCAGUGCUGCUUGGGUGCCUUCUGAGCGAAGGGCAGGCUCCGGGACUCUCCCGGGCUGCCAGCUGCGAUGCGGGCAUUGCAGCAAACCCCUUCCACCAUCAUCCCCUUCCUUGAGAUGCCAGCAGUGUUUGCCGGUUGGCAGAGAGGAACCAGUGCUGCCGCCUUGCACUCGGGGGUGGAAACGUGCAAA